CGAGUGAAAGAGUGUGAUUUUUUUUUGGGAAAUUCUCACAUUGAUUGAUUGGAUAUGUAACUUAGCAAAAAUUAGUGAUUUCAAAUCUUUCCGUAAUAAUGAGAUGCAAACUGCUUUUGACACUACUGCUACAAUUAUGUUUUGCUUUAGCGCAGGACAUUUUCGGUUUCGGCGAUGACGAGGAAGGACCAUGCGGUCGCUGGAAACCGGGUGAUGUGGACUUGCGUUCAUUCGACCUGAUUCGAGAAUUCCAACUGGAUCGAUUCGAAAACAACGGCAGGCAUGUGUUCAGUAUCGAAGGGACAAACAGUUUACAGACGGCGUACCGGCUGGAAAGUGAAGCCAACUUGACGAUGCGAUCUUUGGAUGCAUUUCCUCGUGGUCUUCCGCAUCAGUUCUCGCUGGAAUGCACCUACCGAACGGAGGCAGAGCCUGUUUCUGCCUGGCACAUGUUCGAGGUCACGAAUGAACACCACGAAAGUCAGUUGGCCGUGACGAUGAAUCCGGGUAGACAGACGCUGGAGAUUGGUGUUCCGAGUAUGGAAGGGGAGCUGCAGGUGGUGGAGUAUCAUCAUUCGACGCUAUUCGAUCAACGCUGGCACAAAAUCAUGCUGGGGGUUACGAACGAUUUCCUCAAUCUGUGGGUCGAUUGUAAACCAGUCAAAGAUGUUGACGGAAAUCUGAAUGCUCCGUUGGAACCCAGAGGACGUUUCGAUACCGACAAUGGGUUCGUUUCGAUUUCAAGGUACGCCGAGACUUCGGUUAUGGAACCGGAAUCACCAAUAGUGGACCUUCAGUGGAUGGUAAUGAAUUGCGAUCCGACACGUCCUGCUCGCGGAACAUGCGAAGAGCUGCCGCUAUAUGAUGUGGCCAACGUUGCCACUAGAUUGCCGUAUGGCCCGGAACCGAAGGCUGACUGUGCGACCGUGUGUCCACCGGGGUACAAUGGAACUGAUGGUGCACCUGGCAUACCGGGAGUUCCUGGUGAAAGGGGCGCCAAAGGAGAACCGGGAUUAAAUGGAAGACGAGGCGCUCCUGGUCCCCGCGGUUUGGAAGGUCCACCUGGAAUUUCAAUCAAAGGGGAUACUGGAGCAGUAGGACAGAAGGGAGAACCAGGAGUUGCAGCUAUUGCUGGUGCUGCUGUCGUGGGCCCUCGCGGACUUCCAGGACCACAAGGUCCGCAAGGUCCGCCAGGAUUUGGUGUUAAGGGUGAGAAGGGCGAUCGAGGAAUCGAUGGAUUACCCGGACUGAAGGGUGAAUCUAUACGAGGAGAAAUCGGUCCGCGAGGACCUCCAGGUCAAGUAGGAGCUCCAGGAAUUGGACUGACAGGCGAAAAGGGUGAACGUGGUUUGACCGGCUUCCCAGGAAGGGAUGGACUUUCGUUACCAGGAAUUCCAGGGACCAAAGGAGAAAAGGGGGAACCGGGUACAAUCGCGCAAACCUUGGCAGCACGUGGAGAAAAGGGAGAAAAAGGUGAAACAGGACCUCGCGGACCAACAGGAAUACAAGGGCUUCCAGGUGCUCCCGGACCUGUCGGGUAUCCCGGACCACCGGGACCCGUUUCAGCUGAAGGCGUCUAUGCUACCGGAAACGUGGGAGUGUCAAUUCCUGGUCCACGAGGAUUGCCUGGUUCUCCGGGAGCUCCAGGACCACCUGGACCUCCAGGCCCACCGUCAGAGGUUCCCUCCUCAGGAACUGGGCGAUACUUUGAAAACUUCAUGUCCUACGGCCAUCGUGGACCAGUCGGUUAUACUGGACUACCGGGUGUGCGUGGAGCAGGUGGUGAUCGAGGACCUGAAGGAGCAAUUGGUUUGCCAGGUCCGCCCGGGCAAGAUGGCGCUCCUGGCCUGCAAGGUAUACCGGGUGUGACGGGACAACCUGGAUCUCCUGGAUUACCUGGAUUACCGGGAAGAAGUUACACCGAGGCUGAAGUACGAGAUAUAUGUGCAGCAGUACUGAGAGAUCACCUAGCGGAGCUAACUGAAGGAUUGAUAGGACCGCCUGGUCCUCCUGGUGAAUCAAGAGCCGGGAAACCUGGUCAGCCUGGAAAACCGGGACCAAAAGGUGAUCGAGGAUAUCAGGGUCCACCGGGUGAUAGAGGAUACCCAGGAGAACCCGGAAAUCCUGGCCUGCCUGGAACUCCCGGUGAGCGUGGUGAACCCGGUAUUGAAGGUAGACCGGGUUAUGAUGGUAUUGGAAGGGAUGGCGCUCCAGGUCCCUCAGGCCCGCCGGGUCCUCCCGGCCUGGAAGUUCAAGGUCCACCUGGACGUCAAGGUGAAAGGGGAGAAUCUGGAAAAUCUGGUGUUCCAGGCCUUCGAGGUCCACCGGGUGUUCCCGGUGUAUGCCCGAACGAUUGUUAUAUGGCUGCAGCAGCUGCUGCUCAAAGCUUCCGAGCUAAUCAACAAACCAAAGGACCAUCUUACUAAACUAAGCUUUGGAACAUUCAUCAAAUACAUGCAAACAUUCUAUGAUUAAUUUCAAAUAAAAUCGUGACGUAAAUUGCUACGGUUAGAAGCAGGAUGUGUACCGUAAAGAAUAAAUUACGCAGACCUAUAAUAAAAAGGAU